AUGAAAAUAGAUUCUGGCUAUUUAGACAAUUCUGAAGAUAUGCAGUGUCCUUGUGGAUGUAAAACUUAUAUCAAAGUUGGCGACAAUAGCAUGGGUCAUGAAGAGGUUUGGCAUGGCAGUGUAGACAUACUAGUAGGUCCUGUAGCAGUCACUGUUACUAAAUCAAGCAUUGAUGAAGGAAAUUCAGAACUUGAAGGAAAAGGUGACUCAGCAUUUGAUCUUGAAAUUUAUAAACUGGAGGAAUUACGGCAUCAGUUGAUACCAGAAAGUAUUAUAUUUUCAUUUGCAAUGCAUUGUGGACUUGUUCCUAUAGUUGGACUAUCACAAGAAUACUUUAAAAUAUUUAUGUAUGAGCCCAAUGAAGAUUUACUUUAUGAGUCAACUGAGUUUCCAUUAUUUGUUGAACCUAUGUCUAUUGAAGGGAGACAACUUCAUAUUUCAUCUGUAGUUGCUUUAUGGAUGGUAAUUAAUUAUGACUGUUUCUGUACGGGUGUAAAAACAUCUCAUGUUGAGUUUGGAUACAAAGCUAAUUUUAAGAAGUUUCUUGGAGAAAAACAGCGUGAAAUUUAUGAACAUCAUAUAAAGAUUGGUGGUUUAAAGAAUAUUGAAAGUGAUGUCAGUGAAUAUAAAGCUGGAGGGAACUGUGGAAAAUUUAAACGAAUCGAAGAAUUGUUAGCUUAGGUAAAAUGAUAAAAGUGAAGGACAUUAAAUGUAGCUCUAUUGUUCAAGGUCAGAGCAAUUGCAAAUGAAUUAGUGUCAUGUUGCCAAUACCCAGUCCCAAUACACAAAGCUAUAUAAACGUCUAGGUGCAUGCUUACCAUUAUUUUGAUUUUUGUCAAAUUUGCUAAAUUUUGUCCAACAUGCAGUCAAAAAAAUUUCUACAUACUCUUCAAAAAGGAGACAGAAUAAUUUUUGUUCAUUUCAAACAAGCAUAAUUAAUAUUUUAAUGAUUUCCCAUUUGAAAAAUUUACAAGUUACUUGUUUCUAAUUAUUGCUUUUGUUGAUUGAAAAAUUUACAUGGCAUAGCUAAAAGAUAUAGGUUGACUAUUAAAAGUAGGGUUAUCCUUUUCUCCUG